AUGUCAACAUUAGCUGCUGGUCAGCCGAAGAAGAGAGCUUCAACGGCAAUGUUACGAAGAAGAGCUGUUGUCAUCAAUGGUCUGCUUUACGCCCCACUCGUACCCGCAAUCCGGACAUCAUGGCGAGAUCUCGACACCUUAGACGUCAUACAAGAAGACUCGCAACGCGGAGCAAAAGUUGAACCCAGACGACGGCCGCAGGUCCAGAUCGAUCCAUCACUCGGAAUGAUCGCAAGAGCGCCAGUCACGGUCAUCGAUGUGUCCGCUGGCCAUGUCAAUUUUGCCGCAACUGCGGCACCCGCAAGGCGUCGGACACAGCUCGCUCCAAUCCAAAUUGCUCCAAGAGGGCCUCGGACGACCGUCACGAUCGCAAAUCAGGCACCACUCAACACGCCGGCCAUGACCAUGGGUCCACCGUCCAGCAUACCAAUGCUCCGGUCUAUGAAGCUGCCCAAUACCCGCCGACAGUCGCAGCAGCAGGGCCUUCGAUUUCAAUGGCAACGGAGCAAGAAUCGAUUCCGAAAUCUCUUCGACAUUUGA